GCUACGGGAACAUCGCCCCGCGCACGAACUCCGGUAAGAUCGUCACGAUCCUGUACGCGAUCGUCGGCAUCCCGCUCAUGCUGCUCUACCUGACCAACAUUGGAGACUUCCUCGCAAACUCGUUCAAGUUUGUCUACAGUCGCAUCGCUCGUCGCUGCAUACAGCGGCGGCGCUGGCCGCGUGUUCGCCGCCAGAGGGUGAAGACGCAGAAGAGCAACGCUAUGGGCGGCUGUGGUGAUAAUAAGGCGUCCGAUCUAGAGGAGAUCGAGGCGAUCAAAAUCGACAGCAUAUCAGUAAACGAUCACGCGAACAACGUGCGACGGGGCGGCGGUGGUUCGCCGACGCCGCCGGCAGGCGGUAACUAUGACGUCGACAUGGACAGCAUCCGCGUACCGAUCAGCAUGUGCAUGCUACUGCUCGUCGGCUACAUAGGCAUGGGCGCCACGCUGUUCUCCGUCUGGGAGAAGUGGAACUAUCUCGACGGAUCCUACUUCUGUUUCAUCACGCUAACGACGAUCGGAUUCGGCGACCUGGUGCCCGGCGAUGACGUCAUCAACAACACGGGAUCAGAGUUCAAGCUGGUGCUCUGCUCGCUGUACAUGCUCUUCGGCAUGGCGCUGCUCGCGAUGUGCUUUAACUUGAUGCAGGAGGAGGUGAUCAAUCGCAUGAGACAGCUCGCAGUGUCGCUAGGCAUCCUGCAGCUAGAGACAGGGACGGGGGAUGCUUCGCGGAGAGAGAAUCAUACAUGAGAGAGAGGAGAGACGUUAAACAGGGGACCGCAUACCUUGUAACAACUGU